CAACAAUAGGGCAGUGGGAUCCUAUUGUUCGUGCAGGACCCUAUUGUUCGUGCAGGACCCUAUUGUUCGUGCAGGACCCUAUUGUUCGUGCAGCGCUCCCUAGAAUCGAGGAAACAAGCUUCGUAACGAGCUAAAUAACUAAAUAAAUUGCUUUCGACGGCAUCACGUCCGGCGGAUACAUCGGUUUAAAGGAUAUUGGCCAAGGCGGUGGGGGUGGGGUUUGUGUGAAGAUGAAAUUGCAUGGGUGGCUUGGGGUUACUGUUUGCAAGCGUUGUUGUGUUGAUUCAACGUUUCGUUGUCGAGGCUUUAAACGCCGUCGUUAGGGGAGCUUUUGUCCGGCACGCUUUGGUCUCUCCCACGUCCCUUCGUGUGCCGUUGCAAUUCGCUCGCCGCGCACUGUAACGUCGCCGCUGGUGAGACAAAGACGGCCGUGGGCUGGGUGGUGCCGACACCCACACAGUGCCGGUCUUCAGUCGGUGGCACUCGCUAACGUCACUUGCCUGCCCACCACAGUGUGUGGCGGCCUGUGUACGGGGGGAGGAGGAGACGAGAUGCCGCGGAAGACUCCUCUGAAGGUGUCUGUGGACGUGACCGUCCAUGCCGUGACAUGCCCUGGCGCAGUGCUCCAAGGGAGCGAGCGCGUCUACAUGAGCGUCUGCGUGCUCGGAUGCUACGCCAAGACCCGGGCCAUCGAGCCCGGCUUCCCACUGCUCUUCCGACAGACGCUGCACGUGCGCAAGGUCUUGGAAGGAGUUGAUGACUUGGAAGACCUCACGGAUGUAUUUGAAGCCGAGGACAUCACGUUUGAGCUGGUUCAACUUUGCCCCCCAGCCGGCGAGACUCUGGCAACGUACACAGAGGCCGCGUCGUCGCUGCUCGUACCUGGGCCUCUCCGCGAGGUGCUCAUGACCAGAUCAACAGACUUCUCGGGCCGCCUCUCUCCCAGGCUGGACUUCUCUGCCCGCGUUCUUGUCCUGGAGUCUGGCAGGGACGGCACACACAGGGAAACGGGCUCGGCAGCGGCACAGGACUGGUCGACGGGCCGCUCGUCGCCACCGCCACCGUCAUCGUCGUCGCCAGCGGCGCCACCGAAUCCCGGGACUCGGCGAGUGCAGAGCCCCGGUUACCGCGAGCCCACGGAGGCGUGGCGAGCUCGCUGCCCUUCUCCCUACACCGAGCGGCGGAUGUGCGAGCGAUCGGCCGGCUUCGGCAGCUGCCCAACGGGCGGCAGAGGAGCGGCGGGACGGGGAGGAGGAGGAGGAGGAGGAAGUCAGAGGAUGCCCCACCUGGGCCUCGGGCCGUGGCACUUUACGUCGCCGCUCAGGGACCCACCCGCGUUCGUUGUGCGGCGAGUAAACUUGGACGGUUUGGCAAAAAACACUCCGCCAAAGUCCCCCCCAGUGGAAAACAGGCUUCGAACGUCCCACUCCCCACGCUCGCAAAUCCUGGACGACACUUCCCUCCGUGGCAGCUACAGACCGAGUCGAGACGCGUCUCAGAGUGAGGGCCGGCGGCGGCGUCCGGAGGCGGCCGCGAGGGUCUCGUGGGGCCGGACCCCGACGAGUGGACGGGGGCAGGAGGGCGGCGGCGGCGGUGGCGAGGCGCGGGGGGGUUCCCUCCGAACGCCGCGGGGACACCGCGAUCCCCACACGGCGGACAGCAGCUGCCUUUGCGAUCCCUCGUGGAGCAUCGAUUCGUGGGAGCUCGUGCACAAGCGUGUGAAGGGGCUGCUGAAAUCCAACAGGGCUCGCCGCACACUGCACUACGGCUCUGGUGGAGAGGAUGACGAAGUGGGGGAGAAGAGCCAUUCCGUGGGAUCAGCUGAGAGGGCACUCCACAGACUCUCGCUUGCAAGAAGCAGCAGCGGUGGUGCCGACUCGUCGGAGGCGAAGGCCGCGUCCGCCACCGGGUGCGAUGGCGCCGAGUGGCUCGAGCUGUGGCGGUCGCGUGCCAAUUCGCUGCGAGCUGCGGAGCCUCACCGCGCCUCGCUCCACCAGGAGAUGGGGCGCGUUUACCGCGAUCUUUACCGCGACGCGAAGGCCGGGGCUGUGACGGCGGCGGCUUCGAUGUGACGGAGCGAGCGGUGAGGACGAAGACACGGGGGGACCUCCCCAACCGAACCGGCAACAAGACGGAUCCUGUAGCCGUAUCGUGGUGCCACCACCGGAGCUUAAUAGCAGCUGGGUUAGUGACCCAGUAAAAUAUUUACGCACAUGGCACACCACAUUCAGAAUACCUCUCUCUAUGGGCUGCUAUUAGUUGCCUACAAAUACUCGGUAAAAAUUUCAAUUUGUAUAUAUUUUUUUUAAUCUUCACCGCGUCGAUGACCGUGGCACUUUUGUCUGGGAGUGGCGGUGGUGGCGGUAUGCCUCCAAUCCAGCACACGGGGAGGCAAGGGUAGGUGGAUCUCGUAAAGAUGUGAAACUAACCAAACCCGAUGAGGCUGUAAGGUGGUCUGAUAGCAGGACAGCAAGUGGGGUUUGUGAAGACCUCCGUGCAUACCUUUGAGUAUUAACCCAUUCCCCCCGGCACCAUUGUGAGUGCUUUCUUCAACAACGAUUUCUUCCCACAAAAGGUAACGUGCCACGGUACUUAAAAUGAAUCGGCCAAACAUUCCAAUGUAGGACCAUCCUGAAAAAGUCUCAACUCGGUGAGGCUCUCUCGGACACAAAUUUUCGCAAUUAAGUAUUCAAGAUCACCUGAUCGUAAUGCCCACUGUGCCACGUGUUUUCUAAUUUACUCACCGUUUCACGGUUCCUUUUCGUACCCGUUUCUUUCGCACGACUCGGCGCCGACCGCCUCCGUGUACCUGUGUUCGGUACUCGCCUGGCCUCGAUGUUUACCUGGACGUCCGUCCUUAAUUUACGCGGUCCCAACAACCACACGCACAGAACGCCUCCAAUGACCUGGUCUCAAAGCUGGGCAUCUCUUUCGCUCUCCCGUUCCACCCCCACGGUUCUGUUCGCAAAUCUCCUCAUUGUUGCACACAAAAAAGGCGAGUCGCCUCGUUCGGUUGUUUGCAAAGUGAAAACGAAGGUAAACCGUUAAGGUGUUUUAUCCAAACCAUCCACGUACUUUUCCCCUCUCAUGCACUCUCCAGCAUUCAAAGCCUCUUACCCAUCUCCUAACACCUCUCCACCACUCACCCAACAACGCUACCCACCAACGGCCCCGCUCACACACAUUGGUACCAUGCACCAAACGCACAGUGCCAGGACCAAGCACACGUUCGGCUUGUGGGCUAUUUCCAACAAUGCAAGAGGCUUUUAAACAACCAAAAGAGAGAAUAUUUGAAGCGCACAGAUAUAAAUGCAUUCCGACCGAAGUGUUGCGUGUCGUCAGAACGGUGUUAACGUUGUGUGCAAGUACAAUUGCUGAAAAUUAACGAGCACUCGUAAGCCUUUUUAUGUUAUUUCAACGGGGGUGUUUAUUAAAAAUAUUUUUCCCUU